AGAAAUGUUAAAACCAUCAAAAAUAAUUAAAAAAGAAACAACAGGUCACUCCUACAUUUCUGUAGUAGAGACUGGGUGUUAAAAGUUUAAGGUAGUGCAGUGGCCCACUUAAACCAACUUUAAAAGGUGUUUUCUUAAUAAAGCCAAUUGCGUAAAAUCUAAAAAUGAACUUCUUUAUUUAAAAUUGAGUCUGGGAGGACUUGUUACUUUGUAUUUGGGGACUAAUUGGACAUUAAACUAGAAACUAAAAGUUUCACUAAAAGAUUUUGCAACAGGUUUAUAUCGACUUGGUUUCUGCCUCAAGAGAACCCAACAUUUAUUUGUAAAUGUAAACGUGGUUUAUUGCAUCAUUAAGGGUUGUUCAUCAGGAGGCUACUGUAAAUACUUUUGCUUUACUAGUUCUUUAUUUUGGAAUUCGAGUUUAAGGUUAAGAGAAAAAAAAGUCCCAUUCAGCGUUGUUAUGUUUAGACGAAAAGAAAAGCAUCUAAUGAAGGCAGUUGAUCUCGGCAUUAACAGCCAAGCAUGUGCUCCACGUAUCCCACAGCCUGUCCUUCCUGCAGACACUUUAUAAAGGUCAGAUUAGUGCUCAGAGUGUUGUUAUUAUCGCCUGUUGUGGUGGGGGGCGGGCUUACGAGCCGCUGCGCGCUGAUUGGACGUGAUGCACUCCCCUGUGGCACAUGGUUCCGUUUUGUGUGUACGCGCAUGCGCAGCGAACCCUCUCCGCUGAUAUUUUAUUUACUCCCGAAACCCAAGAUGGCUCCUGUGAAUGUCUCAGCCCCAUAGCGAACCGAGGAUGAGAGUAGCUGCUGAAAAAACAACUUUCCCUCGACCGUCGCAUCCCCUGGAGUUCAAUCCGUAUGCUGCGGAGGAGGCUCUAACGCCCGUCUAGGCCCCGAGCAGCCGUCGGAGCUCCGCGGAACCUUCUUCAAUCCACCAAUUUGGAGUAGUUUCGCGAAGUAGCUCUUCUCGGCGUCGCUGUCUGUCCGGAGCGAGGUUCAGGCAGGCGGGCAGGCAGCUCAUCCUAAUGGCCGAACCGAGAAAAGUGCAGUUUGUCACCCUGUCGGCCUUCGCAGCUGGAACAGCCGCGGAGUCUAGGAAACGCCGGCUGGAUGAGGAGGCCGACUUAAACUUCGACAGAGCCGGGGAGGAUGAGGCAGGCGGCGGGGCAGGAGGCAGCGCCAGUAACGGUCGUCUCGGUAAAACCGGCGACAGGGACAAGGCUGCUGCCGAGAGGAGGGCGACCGUGCGGCUCAACCUGUCCCUGUCCGAGCCCGACGAGCGAACCUCCGCCGAGUUUAAUUAUGGCGAACUCAUUCAGAACCUCCAGACUAAAAGCAAUCUUCCAAGUCUGACCUCCUCCCUCAACCGCUUCAAUGAUGAUGAGGAGGAGGAGCGUGAGCGGCUUGAGGUCGAAGCCCUGGCAAAAAAGUUUGAAAAUAAAUACGGUAACACGGGUAUGAAGAAGAGAAAAGACCGGAUGCAAGAUCUGAUUGAUAUUGGGUUUGGUUAUGAUGAGACGGACCCUUUUAUAGACAACUCUGAAGCUUAUGAUGAGCUGGUGCCUGCGUCUCUGACCACAAAGCUCGGGGGAUUUUACAUCAACACGGGCACGUUGCAGUUCAGAGCGGCCUCUGACUCAGAGGGAGAGGAGGACAAGAAGCUGAACAAUGAUAAGGAGCAGGCGAUGAAGAAGAAGAAGAAGAAUGAAGUGAACUGUGUGGAAGAGAAGAACCUGAAGAUGAAUAAAGUAACUAAACAAGGAGUGACGGCUCUCAACCUUCACCGACCAGAGAAGAAGAAGAGGAAGAAACUGAUGAAGGACUCGCUGUACCUGGCGGCCAUGCUUCGCCGUUUCACCCGGGAAAAGGAAGAGAUGAAGAAGCGAAAUCCCAGCGUGGAUCACCUCCGUUUGGCAGCCGGUACUGCCAGCAAACCCCAAAACCCCGGAAACGCCACCCACCUCCCGUUAGCCUCCAACUCCACCCACCUUCAGGGCGGUGGCGCGUCCACCGGCAACCUCUCGCUCACCGAACUCACCUCUGACCCCGCCGUGAUGUCACUGCUGGGCUCCGCCAACGAGAAGGAGCUGCAGGAUCUCCUGGGAGAUCUAGACUUUAGCUUGUUGGACACCGACCAGCAGCACGCCAUGGCGACGGCCAGGGAGAACGGCAUUCUAGGUAUUGGAGUUCCCUCCCAAAAAGCAGUGGGAGGAAGCGGCCAAGGGCGAAGCCUGGGGUCUUCCGGCGGGCUGUUUUCUCCGCCGCCGCUGCCUGACGGACUUCCUGCUCCUCUAAUUAAACGCAUCGAGGACCUGCGGGCGGCCUCGCGGCAGUUUGAUCAGGAGGGCAGGAAGAAAUUUUUCACCCUGGACAUGAAUAACAUCCUCCUGGAUAUUGAGCUGCAGGUCCAGGAGCAGCCUCCUGAGAUUCGCUCAGACAUCUACUCGCACAUGGAGGCGUUUGUGCCGUGCAACAAAGAGGCGCUCCUCAAGCGCCUGAAGAAGCUCAGCCUCAACAUCCAGGACGACCGGCUGCGCGCGCCUCUGCUGAAGCUGAAAUUGGCUGUUUGUAGCGUGAUGCCUGAACAGAUUGCAAAAUAUAACAUGGAGUUUAUGGCCAAAGUUGCAAAGCAGCAGUCGGAGGAGGGGGACAGGAACGGCUCAGAAGAGGAGGAUGAUGAGAAACCUGGAAAACGAGUGAUGGGACCUAGAAAGAAGUUUAUCUGGGACGACAAGCUCAGGACGCUGCUGUGCAACCUGGUCCGUGUGAAGCUGAGCUGCUAUGAGAUGGAGAACCAGUGCACUCUGUCAGUGGAGGACUACCUCAAGGCCUUCUUGGAGAACGAGGUCAAACCCCUGUGGCCCAAAGGCUGGAUGCAGACCAGAAUCUUGUUCAAGGAAAGCCUUGCAGUUCAUGGUCACCUCACUGGAAACCUAGUCAGAAGGCGAGUGGUGCCAGGACCCAAGCCCAAAGCCAAGGACGGUUUGUGGAUCAACAAGUUGCCUCUCACCAUGACCUCUAACCCUACUGUGACCUCCACCCGCCAACCCCCCCUCAUGGCGUCGCCCCCGGAGCCCAUCUGUCUGUCGGACUCUCUGGACGAGGACCUGACCGCUCCGUCUCUGGACUCCAUCUCACACGCUCUGGCGUUGCUUAGCAACGCCUCCAAGGGCCUGGGCCUGGCCGACAGCCCCAUGUCGCCGCCCCCCCUCCAGAUGCCCACCUCCUCGCCGCCGCCCGUCGCCCCCCACUACCCCGCCGCCUCCCAGUUGGCCGCCUCCCAGUUGGCCGCCUCGGCUGCGUCCACGUUGCAGCAGCAUUCCCUGGUGAAGGCGGAGUCCGCUCCUCUUCCUCCUCCUCCUCCUGCCGCCUCUGUUGGGAACCUAUCAGGAACAUCUUCCUCUACCUCCUCCUCUUCCUCUUCUUCUACUUCUCCUGUUGUCUCCUCCAUGGCUCGCCUGCACACCCCCGUCCUCUCGUUGGCCUCCAGGACUGCAGAUUGUCACUACGGGCAGGUCAAGGGCUGCUUGGCUCAGACUCAGAGACACGUUACCAUGGUGACGCCCAGUCACAGGCCACAGACGGCGAUGGGGAAGAUGCACCCGCAUCCUUCUCCUUCGCCCCCGAAGCAGCGGCCUCCGCCCACUGCUUCCCCUCUGCUGCCUCCCCACCAGAAAGGCUUCACCUGCCCAGCAGGGAUACUGGGAGCACUGGGAGGCGUUUCCAAGAGCACCAUCAAACCCGGCGGCAUCAUCAGCAGCAGCAGCAGCAAUGGCGGCGGCGCCCUGAGCGGCCCUGUCCAGCCGCCUUCCUCCUCCUCGCCUUCGUCGCAGCACCGCUCCAACUCUACGUCCCACCACGUCCCGCAGUCGUUCCACCCGCCGUCCCCAGCCCCGUCCUCCUCGCCGUCCCCCACCUCCCAGAGUAAACCCCAGUCGCACCAUCACCACCAGGCCAACUUCAUCACGCCCAUGCAGGCCACCCUCACCAAGUCGUCCCACAGCAGCAACUCCUCCCCCAUCAUCAAGCUCACCCCUCGGCCCCCCGCGCCCACGCCGCCCCCGUCUUCCUCCCCGUCGUCCUCGCCGUCGCACCAGCUCUCCCAUCAGCAGCACCAAUACGCUUCCAAAACCCCCAAAACCUUCCGGACCCCCUUCAGCGUGUCGGGCGGCGGCCCGGUGAAGCCGCCGCCGCCUGCUGGCUGCAGCUUCGUCCAGAAGCCUCAACCGCCGCCCAGCAGCAGCGCCAACAGUAAGGGAGAAAAAACUCCGGCCUCUUCCACAGCUUCGGUCUCGGCCAAUCAGAGGCAGAGGGUCUCGGUGGGCGGGGCCAUACAGAGCUCUAAGGCGGGAAACGGCUGGGCACCUUCAGGCACUCUGGCUACAUCUGCUACAACGUCUCAUCUCUCACAGGUAUCGGCUGCAGGCUCUCCUCUCCUCACCAACCACUCUGCUCUCCCUCUGGGCUUCGGCAUGCUGGGAGGUCUGGUUCCUGUCUCUCUGCCCUUCCAGUUUCCCCCGUUACUAAAUUUCAGUGCUCCUGGAGCUGCAAGUGCGGCUAGCAUGGGCUCAACCCCCAGCUCCAACUCAGGAUACCCUCUAGCACAGAGCGACCUAAUGGAUCUGUAUAAAAGCCUCCAGUCAGGGUCGCAGGCUGCCCUACCUCCUCACUUGCAGCUUGCUUUUUCAGACUCGAACCAAAGCCAGAGUGGAGACAUGAAGCGGAAAACCCACUGACCAAUAAGAGCGCAGGAGGCGAUGGGUGACGUCACACGCUGACCAAUAGGAAUCCUCCGCUCUGAUGGACUGCCCGGAGGAAGGGGAGGGGGCGGAGCUCCAACGUCUCCUUGGUAACGGACCUGAAGGAGGUCGAGUUUCUCUUCCCUACGAGCGGCGAACCGAGUGAAUGAGGAGAGCUUCCUUCUGUUGAGUUUUUGUUUAUUUUUAUUUUCGUCGACAUGUUUACAUAUGACUGACCUCGAUCACUGUGGAAUGAGUGUAGAGCAGCGGUGCGCUCCAUUUUAUGAUUUCUAUUUAAGGAAUAUGUGGUGUUACAGGACGCUUCUUAUCACAGAGGAAAAACAAACGGGAAGAGCAGGAAAUGAUGCAAGUUUUUCUGUUUUUUCUGUUGUCGAUCGUGGGAAUCGUCGUGUCCGUUUCUCUGCUCCCACUGAUGACUGUUAAGUAGUAGCUUAAAUUAAUACUGAUAAAUUAUUUUUUAAUUCACAGGGACAAAACCAUGAGUGCGAGUGCUGAGGUUGACUUGAAUGUGCGUUUGUACAUAGAAGAAGAAGAAGAAGAAGAAGAAGAAGAGCAUAUAAUACUGUUAAUUUCUAUCCAGAUUAUUCUCUGAGGACUCGUUCCCCUUUCAGUGAUGAGCAAGCGAAGGUUGGACGGCCGUCUCUUCGUCUCUCUGCUCAGCGUGUUUUUGGUGCUGUUUAGUCACACUGGACCUUUUUUUUUUUUCCUGGAUAUUUAAACAAGAAGAAGAAGAAAAAAAAACUUGAAUUGAGAAAGUUUAGUGAUCCUCUUCUGAGCUGACGAAACUGUUUUUUUUUUUUUGUUCUUUUUGUUUACGCCUGUGAGAGUGGGGAGGAUUGUAGCCUACUUGAAUAUUUUGUUUUUAAUGUUUCACUGCUUACUUACUCAAACCAACUUAAUAUAACAAAACGCCUUA